UUCGCUUAUAAAGUCCCUCCUCGCCCGACCCUUUCUCCGCCAUUCGCUCCUCACCAAUUGAAACGCCCUUUCUCUCUCUCUCUCUCUCUCUCUCUCUCUCUUUGUCACUCCCCGCAUUAGAGCAGAGACAGCUCUCAGCAACCUCUCUCGGUCCUUCUGUUUUGCUGAUUACAGGUUGGAGCAUAGCUAGGUUCAAGUUGUGGAACAAAGACCAUGGCCUGUGAGGAUUACUUUGCCAAUGAGUGGAAAUCCAUCCCAACGGCAGCAAGAGAGUCUGAAAAUCUUUCAGGAGGCUUCGACUGCAAUAUCUGCUUGGAUUUUGCAUGUGACCCAGUAGUUACUCUCUGUGGCCACCUUUACUGUUGGCCCUGCCUCUACAAGUGGCUCCAUUCCCAGAGCACUUGCCUCUCUUCGGAUCAGCAGCCAAAAUGCCCAGUCUGCAAAGCCGAUAUAUCUCACACCAUGGUUGUCCCACUCUAUGGCCGCGGCCAUAGCCCAAAUCAAGCAGAGCUGGAAGACAAGGCACCAUCUCUUGGUGUGGCUAUACCCCCAAGGCCGCCAGCUUGUGGCACCCAAGCCCCCCGGAUGAGUGCAUCUCAAUGUGUUCAGCAGCUUAGAUAUCGCAAUCCUUAUCAGAACCAACAAUAUCCCACUCAACCAUAUGGCAGUCACAUGGAAGACACUUCGCCGCCGCCACUAUUUAGUCCAAGUGGCAGUACAGCUUCUGUCGGAAUGUUUGGAGAGAUGGUUUAUGCCAGGGUGUUUGGGAACUCGGAGAGCUUAUAUGCAUAUCCCAAUUCAUAUCACCUUUCGGGCAGUAGCAGCCCCAGGCUGCGAAGGCAGGAGAUGCAGGCGGACAAGUCCCUCAACAGAAUUUCAAUUUUCCUCUUCUGUUGCGUUCUUCUGUGUCUUCUCCUUUUUUGAUCCCAGAGAUUAGGCUUCGUCAGCCCCUUUCCUGUACAUAGCCAUUAAAAGCUUAGGAUCCGAUCGAUGGAUCGAAAGAUGGGUUGCUGUAUGUCUAAAAGUUUGUUUGAAGUCACGGCUAAUUCCUCUCUGUCUCUCUCUCUCCUCCCCUCCCCUAUAUAUAGAGAGAUGGAAAUUUACAGUUACUUCCUCUUGAGUGUUCUUUGAAUAAAUGUUUACGGGAUGCGCACAAUAUUUUAAAGUAA